AUGUCCACAAAGAUGCUCUCGGAGCUCCACGAUUUCCUCACGUUAUUCGUCGAGAGGGUUCCUGAAGACAAGCCGCAGGCUCGCUUCGGGCACAUCCAGAUGCCUCCCUACCGUCUCGGUGGGCGGAUGGCAAACCUUGGCGAUGACUGGGCGUUCAAUCACCCCGACUGGGCGUUGAGUGGUUGGCAUGAACACAAGGUAAUACCAACCAAUAUCGUAUUGGUACUCUGCCUGAAUCCCCAAGUGCCAUCUGCUUGCGCUCUGUCGUUGGUUGGCGUCGUCAAGUGGGCGAUUCAAAUGUCUCUGAUGGAAUCCGACAUUCGCGUGUUGACAAUGCCAGCUGAGGAGGACUUCAACUUCCUAUCAAAGAUUGUAUCUUUCACAGCUUCUGGCGUCAACGUAGCAAGUCUCAACCUAGCCGCUCAUGGCCAAGUUGACCCAAUCCAGCACUGUAAGUGCCCCGGCACAAGCGACGUCAAUAUGUACGCUGAAGGGGUACUCGGAUGCAUGCAGAACAAACCCGAGCGGCGUCGUCUCAUCGUCUCUUUCAAUGCCGAAUUCUCCAAGGCAUUGGAAACCAAGAUGACAAAAGACGACCGCAAGCUCAUGAAAACCGUCUACAUGGAUACAGCGACGACCAUUCAGCCGCUGGUUGAACUGGAAGCUGGUGGGUUCAAGACCUACUUUCUGACGAUUCGUGGAGAGUUGUCUAGUCUACCUCAAACUUCUCUACUACUUGUAUAUGUAGCGUACUGUCUUGUGGACUUGUUUCGCUGUCUACCUACGCUGUGA